AUGUCCUUUCUUCAUACCCACUCAAGCGAGUGCAUAAAGAGCGGACUCGAUCUUUUCUUUCUGACACCUACGCAAACCAGCAUUGAGAGUUCGCAAUGGAUUUAUUACAAACCUAUAACUUCGCUCACGGACGACUCGCCCAUAGAAUUCGUCAUACCUGGAGAAGACUAUCUGGAUCUCACUCACACCAUGUUGAGCCUUCGCAUACGCGUAGAAAGCGAGCGCGGGGAGAGUACAUCGGUCGCAUCCGACAGCGGGGCAAAAGUAGACCCUGUAAAUCAUUUACUGCAUUCCAUGUUCAACCAAAUUGACGUAUAUUUCAAUCAAAAGUUGGUAUCGCCACCAAACAACGCUUACGCGUACCGCGCGUACAUUGUUAUUAAAUUAUGCUUCACUCGCAAAAACUUGCUACUCGCACAUGCCAGAAUGCUGAGUAAAACUACCGCCAAGUAUCCCCUUACGAGAGUGAAGUUAAAACAUUCAUGA